AGGCUCAGGACGUCCCGCUGCACCCUCGGGUUUCCUGGGCUCCCUCCCGGCUCGGUCCCAGUUUCGCUUUCGGCUGCGGCUCCGCCGCGGCCCGAGGGGUCCCGGGGGUAAUCCCGGGGGUGCCUCCGGGAGCGCUCGCGGGUCUCGGUGCGCCAUCCCCAGCUCUGCACCGCCAUGGACUUUCUCCCCCCCAGCUCUGCUCUGGUGCCGCUGCUGCUCCUUCUGGCCGUGUCCACUCCCAGCAGCUGCUGCUCCUUCGGCUUUAACCCCAUCAGCAGCACCUUCAGCGCCCACCUGAACAACCUGACCCCCUGGCUGCUCCUCGACUACCCUGUGGCGAUGCCCAGCAACCUGGAGCCAGACAGCAGCUGCUCUGACCUCUGGGGCCUUCACUUCGGGGCACUGGCUCUGCAGCGAAUGUUAGGGGUGGCAGGGAAGGAUUUGGCGCCCCUGCUCAGGACCCUCCUUGUCCAGCUCCACUUUGUGUCCGAGUGUCACAUCCAGGACCCCCAGGGCUGUGUCCGGCUGGAGACGGUGAAUGUGUCGCAGCUACUGGAGACCCUGGUGCAGCACCUGGGGAGGCUGCAAGGGAGACCCCCCCACUUCCCUGGCUGUGCCCGCUUGCGCUGCCACCCAGGCCCGACGCUGACCAGCCCAGCAGUGCGGCAUGAGGGGACCUUGGGGGCCAGGCAGGGACCCCCCAGCCCUGCUGGACAUGGGCUGGUGCUGCUGGGGGGAGUUGGGGGGGCCCUGGGCCUGGCAGCAGCAGCCUGGGUGCUGUGGAGGAGACCCUGUGCCCAGGUGGGGACACUGGGGGCACUGAAGGGCACUGGGGACACU